UUCCUAUCGCCAAAAAGAGUAAAUCCAAACUGAAAUACUUGCUUGAGUCUUUAUAAUUUAAGCGCCUACCCCCUCUUGGAGUUAUAUCCAUCUGCAAAGAGCAAAUGCAAGGCAUGACUAGAAUGGGUUUUGAUAUCAACAUUUUAGCCCUGUUUAUACAUGGUACUUAUUUGACUGUCGGAUAAAUAAAACCACACUUGGGGCUGUGCUCUUACAUUAGGCCAUUCCAGUCAGCAAAGAGAUGGAAGGACCUCAUCCUCCUAACAAGAAAAGACACAAAAAACAGUCUGUAAAAACAGAACCUGAAAAGAAGUCACAAUCAACUAAGCCAUCUGUGGUUCAUGAGAAAAAAAGCCAAGAAGUAAAGCCAAAGGAACACACAGAGCCGAAAAGCCUACCCAAACAUGCAUCAGAUACAGGAAGCAAGCAUGCUCAUAAAGAAAAAGCAGUUUCUAGGUCAAGCGAGCAGCCAACGUCAGAGAAACCAACAAAACCGAAGACUAAAUCUCAGGAUACAGUUUCUGCUGGUGGAGAGAGCGUCGUUGCCCGUGUAGCUGUGGCAUCUGACAAGUCAGACGACAAGAAAAAAGAAAAUAAAUCAUUACCAUCGGCUGUACCAGUUGAGUCCAAACCGGGUAAACCAUCUGGGAAGUCAGGCAUGGAUGCUGCUCUGGAUGACUUAGUAGACACUUUAGGAGUGCCUGAAGAAACCGAGCAAGAUAACACAACAUACACUGGACCUGAAGUUUCGGAUCCCAUGAGUUCUAUGUACAUAGAGGAGUUGGGUAAAAGAGAAGUCACAAUUCCUCCAAAAUAUAGGGAACUUCUGGCUAAAAAAGAAGGGGUCACAGGGCCUUCUCCAGACUCUCCGAAACCCAUGGGGCCCGAUGAUGCCAUCGAUGCCUUGUCAUCUGACUUCACCUGCAGUUCUCCUACCACUGGUGGAAAGAAAACUGAGGAAGAGAAACCUACGGGAGAAGUCUUAAAAGCUCAGUCAGCCAGGGUAAUCAAAAGUGCUGUUCCACCCCAUGAGAAAAAAAGAAAAGUGGAGAAGGACACAAUGAGCGACCAGGCACUGGAGGCUCUUUCAGCUUCGCUGGGCCACCGGAAGUCAGAACCCGAGCUCGACCUCAGCACCAUUAAGGAAGUGGAUGAGGCAAAAGCUAAAGAAGAGAAACGAGAGAAGUGUGGUGAAGAUGACGAAACAGUCCCCUCCGAGUACAGACUAAAACCAGCCACGGAUAAAGAUGGAAAACCACUAUUGCCAGAGCCUGAAGAAAAACCCAAGCUCCUGAGUGAAUCAGAACUCAUUGAUGAGCUUUCAGAAGGUUUCAACCAGGCUAAAUGUAAAGAAAAACAAUCCAAGCCAACUGAAAAAACAGAAGAAGCCCAGGCCGCCACCCCGGCUCCUGUGGGAGAGGACGUGCCUCGGGCCUCCACGCGCAGCGUGCAGUCCGCGCCACCCAAGCCCGCUGCCUCGAAGGGCAUGGUGCCCGAUGACGCUGUGGAAGCCUUGGCCGGUAGCCUGGGGAAACGGGAAGCAGACCCAGAGGAUGGAAAGCCUGUGGACGAUAAAGUCAAGGAGAAAGCCAAAGAAGAGGACCGUGAAAAGCUCGGUGAAGAAGAGGAAACAAUUCCUCCUGACUACAGGCUGGAAGAGGUCAAGGACAAAGAUGGAAAACCACUCCUGCCUAAAGAGUCCAAGAAGGAAUCGCUUCUACCCUUGAGUGAAGACUUACUCCUUGAUGCCUUGUCUAAGGACUUCAUUGGACUCCCCGACACUUCACCGCUUCCAUUUGACAAUGCUAAACUCUCAGCUACUGUCUCUGAAGUGGUUUCCCAAACCCCAGCGGCAACCACCCGCUCUGCAGGCCCAUCCCCUGCCACUCUGAGGCACGACAAAGAAAUCGAUGACGCCCUGGAUGAACUUUCUGACAGUCUAGGGCAAAGGGAGCCUGAUCCAGAUGAGGGCAAACCAUUAAAGGAUAAAGUCAAGGAAAGAACUAAAGCUGAACAUAGAGACAAGCUGGGAGAAAGAGAUGACACUAUCCCACCUGAAUACAGACAUCUCUUGGAUAACGAUGAUAAGGACAAACCAGUGGAGCCACCCACAAGGGAACCAAAGAAACCUGCAGACGAUCAAGACCCCACUGAUUCCCUCUCAGAGGAUUUCGACAGCUGUUCUUCAAGUACAGAGACUUCAGAGAACACAACAAGGGACAAAGACAAGAAGACUGCUCCCAAGCCCAAAGCACCCAAGAAUGGGGGGAAAGCAAAGGAUUCUGCAAAGGCAAAGGAGGAAACUUCCAAGCCAAAAGCUGAUGAAAAAAAUACAAGUUAAAGUUCACACUAUUUGAUAUCUACGUAUAAAAUCUUCAGCUGGUGGUUGGUGACUUCUGAAGAACAAAAGGCUUUGACAACGUAUUUUUCUGGGUGGCUUCUAGACAGUGAUAUUUGUGAAGUUUUUUGACAUCCUAAACAUCAGUUUGUUAUUCUUUUCCCAGAAAGAAUUGAAUUUGUCUGGUUCACCUGUGUUAUUGUACUGAGUAUUGAUAAACUUUGAGUUUUUAAAAAUUGCCUUCAAUUGGGAGAAAGGAACUUUAUAUUUCUAAGAGAUAUUAUUUGAUAGCUUCUUAAAGCAACAUACACAAAAAAGGAAAAACCUUUGCAAACUUUUGCACGUUCUACACACAGUGCCUGUAAAUCUCAUUUUCUGUUUGCACUUAAGUUUUUGUUGUUAGCAUUUGGAAAACAAUGCUUUAAACAUUCUUCAGUGUUUUGACUUCUCAUUGCCCCUUUCCUCUUGGGCUUUUGAACUGUAUUUGAUGUUUCUUUGAGUUAAUGUUCAUAAGUCCAACAUAAAAUAUUGUACAUUGGGCAUAUAUCUCCUCUUGGGCUGCUAAUAAUAAAUUAAUAGGUAACCUGGACAGACCAGGAUGCAACACCCCCCCUUUUCAGGUUAAACUCUUCUUUGCCAAAGUUUAGGACUUCUGCCCCUUGUAGCUGGUGCAAAACAUACUGAGACUUGAAUCAAGUCAGAAGAGCAAGAUACAGACUAUAUAUAUGUCACUGCAUAGCAAGUUCCAAGAAUAAAAUCUUCUUAGAAUAUUCAUAUAGCUUGACUUCUGUUGGUUUACUGUGUUAAGCUGUGCUUUCCAUUCACUCUAUAUAAAACCUGAGCAGCAACUGUUUGCUUAGAGCCGUUGCAACGCUAGUCUUUGUACUGUAUAGCACCUAGCAUUAUGGAAGUUAGGUUUACCAAAUACAAAACCAAACUUCUGCUUUAAAAAAAAGAAAUUAGAAUUUGAAAAGUUGCUUUCCUUCCCCUCAUAGCAACUUAACAACUAGCCUCUGUUGUCCUACAACUUUGGUUUCCCAGAUCUUUCUGAAUGAAUUAUGUACAUAGCAUUAAUGUCGAUGAGAUUCUGAUAAAUAUUUGAUCUUUACUUCCCGGUAGUGAAUGCAGGAGAAGAUAUCAGGUACAUAUCAUACAUACACUGAUUUGGAAUUUGUUUCAGAGAGCACAGCUCUUCUUAGCAUCUGUUUGAAGAUUUUAUUAGGACUUAGCUGACUUCACUAAGUAUAUCACCAAUACUGUCUAAUGUGGGGGGGGAGACGCAAAAAUAAUAGCACUGCUUGUAAUGGACAUCAAAUUUUGUUAAUACUCUACAAAUUCUCUUUAAAAAUUAAGCAUACACCUAUGAGAUUUCAAACUUAACCCACUUUAACUGCUAUGUCUGUACCAUCAGAGACAUAGGCUUUUUUUUUUAUUUUAUGUCUGGGAAAUAUAAGCCAGUGUUAUGGUGACUAAACAGACCUUUUCAAGGCACUGACAAGAAAGUAAAACACAUGUUUCCUUAGGGAUUUUUAACUAUAUCUAAUUCUUCCAUUUGAGUAUAUAAAGGGGUUUGUUAAAAAAGGUAAAACCUUGGACCGACAGAUGUUUGCAAGGAUAUGGCUGCAGUAUUACUAACUUGAUGCAUAUGUAGUAUUUUUAAACAACCAAAAUCCAAAGAUUUAAGAAAUGCCUAUGAAGUAUACAUUUAAGGUCCUCUGAAUAUGCCUUUUUAUUUAUUAGAAAUGUCUUCAAGACUUGGGUGUUUGCUAAUAAGUAAUGAUGACUUAGUAAGUUUCAGGAUCUAAAGCAGUCCUUUUUUACCCAUCUAAUUAGGAGGAAAUAAUUGCAAAUAUCUGCUUAGAGGUAAAUAACAGACAACUUUUUAUUACCAAAAAGGUUUUGCACAUUGUUGUGGCAAUCUUGUGUCUAUUUAGGAAAUGGACUUCUCCAAAAGCAAAUGAAAGUAGGUUCCUCAGGUGACCAAACCAAUUAAAGAAAAUAUUUUACAUUCAAA